AUGCAAGGGGAAGGAUUAUUAGUUCAAGAAGAUGAGAGGAUUAGAAAUUUGGAGCCUGAAACCUCUGAGGAUGAGUGGCGGAAGUCUCGAGCUAGAUCUCUUAGGAGAAGAGCAAUGACUGCCUCAACAAGACUCACUUAUAGUCUCAGGAAACGUAAUAAGCGUGUAGCUGAUUAUCAAUUUGAUUCAGUUUUCAUUGAAGAUAUCCGUGACGCCAAAGAGGAAGAAACUGUGAAUUUGUUUCGAUUGGCACUACAAACAAGAGAUCUGCUUCCAGAUUCCCAUGACAACUAUCACACAAUGCUGAGGUUUCUGAAGGCCAGAAAGUUUGACAUUGAUAAAACGGUCCAGAUGUGGGCAGAUAUGCUCCAUUGGAGAAAGGAAAAUGGAGUAGAUUCUAUUAUACAGGAUUUCAUAUAUAAGGAGUAUGAAGACGUUCAGCGUUUUUACCCUCAUGGUAUGCAUGGUGUGGACAAAGAGGGGCGACCAGUUUAUAUCGAGAGACUUGGCAAAGUUGAACCCAACAAGUUGAUGAAUGUCACCACAAUAGAUCGAUUUUUAAGAUAUCACGUUCAGGGAUUUGAGAAAAUGUUUAAAGAGAAAUUCCCAGCAUGUUCUAUAGCAGCAAAGCGGAUCAUACAUAGAACAACGACAAUAAUUGAUGUGCACGGCGUGAACUGGUUGAGCUUUAGCAAAGUUGCAAAUGAACUUGUUAUGCGCAUGCAAAAAAUUGACGGUGAUAACUACCCUGAGACAUUAAACCAAAUGUUCAUUGUUAAUGCUGGUAGUGGGUUCAAGCUAAUAUGGAAUACAGCAAAAGGAUUUCUUGAUCCAAGGACCACAGCCAAAAUAAAUGUUUUGGGCAACAAGUUCCAGAGCAGAUUGUUAGAGGUCAUAGACGCAAGUCAACUUCCUGAUUUUCUGGGUGGAAGUUGUUCAUGCCCAAAUGAUGGAGGAUGUCUUAGAUCUAACAAGGGACCUUGGAAUGAUCCCGACAUUUUGAGAUUGUUAAAUUCUAGAGAAGCAACAAAGCCAAUGAAAUUUGGAAGUUCUUCUGUUGCUGAUAGAUUAGAUGCUGAGUCAUAUGCCAGCAUGGUCACUCAUAAAUUGGUUACAAGCACUGAAAUAUCGGAACCCGGAUCAACGUCAGAAGCAACGUUAAUUCCUUCAACUGUUAUGCAAACAGUUUCUUCUAGUGAGAAUAAAAGGAUGAGCAUACCUAUCUGCAACCUAGAUGAGCCAAACAAUGAUGCCAAAGAAGUUGGUGAUGUUGGUUUACCAAGUGGUUUAAGCAACAAUCGUUCAAGAAAACAACCAAAGAAGCUGAUGUUCUAUGUCACUAGUACAUUGAAUCAAAUCAUAGUUAAAGUGGUAGCUUGUAUAUAUGUAGUAUUUGCAGCAUUGGUGAAUUUUUGUAUGGUUCACUCUGCCAAAAAGCAACCAGGAAGCCAUCAGAAAAUCCAGCUAGUGGAAUCCAGCUCUUCAGAACAAAUAAUCACUCAGGAAGUAAAAGAACCAAUUUGGCAGAGAUUGCAAAACUUAGAGGCAGUAGUGACCGAGAUGGCUAAUAAACCUAGAACAAUUCCUCCUGAGAAAGAAGAUAUUCUUCAAGAGUCGCUGAGUCGUAUAAAGGGAAUAGAAUAUGAUUUACAGAAGACAAGGAAGGCACUGCUUGCAACUACUUCAAAGCAAGCUGAGCUUGCCGAGUCACUGGAAAGUUUAAAGGAUGAUAAAUUUGAUGGGACAAACUCAUGUUGGCCUAAAAAUAGUAAAUACCAUGCCUCUGGAAGAUGA